GCCCUUUAAAUACCUCUCUUCCUCGCUCCCCUUCCAAACAAACCAAUAACCAUUUUCUUCUUUAACUUACUCUUUCUCUCUCUCGCUCUCCAAAGACAAAAGAGAAAACUAAAAUAGAAGCAAAUAGAUAUGGAAAUGGAGCCAAGCCCACCAGUCGUCGCAAAGAAGCUAUGGAGGGUAGUGCGCAUAGUUUUUUUCAUGAUAAAGGCAGGCAUAUCAAAGAGCAAAAUAAUGCUCGAUCUCCAUUUGAUGCUGAAGCGAGGAAAUAAACUUGCAGGAAAGGCCUUCGGGAACCUCAUAUUCCACCAUACUUCUUCCUUCAGUUGUCGCUCAAAUGAUGCCCUCUCUUUUGUUUCUCCAAAAGAGUAUGAAUUUAGUUGCAGCAACAGCCCCGCUUUUUACCCUUUUUACACCCACAAACGCAAACACCACCACCACAGCCUUCACCAUUUGGCCAAGUCCUACCGUUAUGACGACGUCACCACGGUUCACGCCGUGCAAAAGGUUCUCGAGAUGUUAAAUAACGAGGCGGCGAUGGAGGCCUCCCCCUUGACCACAUUGCCGGGGUUCGGUCGGAGUCCCAUGGUGAGACAGUUGAGAAUAACAGACUCGCCGUUUCCGUUAAAAGACGAGGGAGAUAGUCAGGUGGACAAAGCGGCAGAGGAGUUCAUUAAAAAGUUCUACAAGGACCUUAAGUCACAGAAGAGAAUGUCUGCACUGGAGUCACCGUACCAUGACUCAUGGGGUCGAUGAGUCAGACUCAGUUAAUCGUUACGAAUAACCACUACAGUACCACUGCAUCCUUUGAAAGAAUUGAAGUGACACCUGCUGCAAUGGAGUUUUGUUUGAUUGAUCAUUUAUCACAUACAACGUACGAUUAGCAAGCAGCCAUGUUUAACUUUAUGUAAAUUUACUUACAAAUGAAGGGGACAUAGGUGAUAAAAUUUUUCAUUGAACAGGUGUGAAGAUCGAUCAUGUACCGUUUAUCAUUUUGAUUUACCGCUGUUUUGGAGUAAUUAAAAUUUCAGUACUUGUUCAUAAUAAAAACAUAUUAAAUGAAAAAAACAUAUAUAUGAAUU